AUGGACUCACAGACUGCACAUGAUGGGUCGGCAGAAGUCGUCGAUGCCGUAUUGCAACAACAGGCGCCGCCAACAGCGCGUCGCCAGAGCUCAUCGCAAGAGUCCGAAGACUCUCAAACAGCUGCCGAUUUCAUCCGCAGCCAGAUGCAGCUCGAAGCGGACGCUCGCGAAGCUCUACCUUACAGCAUCGAAACAUGCACCAAGCCAUUGGGCCGACUGCGCCAAAAUGUGUUUGCCUGCUUGACCUGCAACCCGCCUCCCGACAACCCAGACCAGGCAUACGAGAAGCCGGCCGGUAUCUGCUAUGCCUGCUCGGUGCAGUGCCAUGGCGAACACAAGCUCGUGGAGAUCUUCACUAAGCGCAACUUCACGUGCGACUGUGGCACCACGCGCUUCCCUGACACGAGCCCAUGCACCUUGCGCAUCAACGAGGAGACGAACACAAAGGGCAACGUCCACUCGGAGGUGCCUGAUGCGGGAAACAAGUACAACCACAACUUCCGCAAUCGGUUCUGCGGCUGCGCGUGCGACUAUGACCCGUUCGAGCAGAAAGGCACCAUGUACCAGUGCUUAGGCCUGGGCACACAUGAGACUGGCGGCUGCGGCGAGGACUGGUGGCACCCGGGAUGUGUAGUCGGCCUGGGCCCUAAAUGGUUUGAGGAUGUCGCGACAGCGAAGGAGGACGAGAAGUCCGUGGCAGUGCCGACCAGCAGUGCCAAUGCUCUGCCUACUAUCUCCGAGGACGAUGUCGAGGGAGCGCAGAACGACGGUACGGAGACGGCAGCAGCAGCAGAAGAUGGAGAGGGGGGCGAGGACGACGAUCCACCGCUGCCGGCAGGCUUUCCCAAGGAGGAGGAGUUUGAGGGCUUCAUCUGCUACAAGUGCGUGGAAGCCUAUCCUUGGAUCAAGCGCUAUGCAGGGGCUCCCGGUUUUCUGCCUGCCGUCUUCUUGCGCGAGACAACCACGGAUCUCCCUGUUUCUCGGAAGCGCAAGGCUGAGGACGAAGCAGACGAGGGGCUGGCGGAUGGAACGACUGCCCAAGAGCCUAAGCGGAUCCGCAGCGACGACCAAGCGAAAAGCGGCCCGGUUGGGGGUGAGGAGCACAAAACGCAGUCUGAGACGGCGCGCAUGCUCGCCUGCAAGUUCCAAGUUCUGCCGCCGGCGCCGGCGACCGGCCGCUUUUCGCUCUUUUUCACGGAGUCGUUCCGCGACCAGCUCUGCCGAUGUGCCGACUGCUUCCCGAAGCUGCGGCCGCAUGCGCAGCUGCUCGAGGAGGAGGAGACGUACGAACCACCGGUGUCGGAUGACGGCAGCGCCGACGGUGGCGAUGGAGGGUCUGCAAACGGACGCAACAGCGGAGGCGGGCCGUCGCAGGGCAGCGGUAGCCUGUACGAUCGCGGAGAAAGCGCGCUGCAAAACAUUGACCGGGUGCGGGCCAUUGAGGGCGUGAUGGCGUACAACCAGCUCAAGGACAAGCUCAAACCGUUCUUCCAGCAGUUUGCCGAGAGCGGGCAGGCCAUCUCAGCCGAGGACAUCAAGUCGUACUUUGCCAAGCUGCGGGGUGACGAGCAGGCAAUCCGUGAAGCUGGCGAGGCGGCCAAGUCGGCUGACCACCGGCAGGAACAGAGCGGGUAUUAA